UCAGUUCUCUCUCCCUCUCCCUCCUUACCACCUCCUCUGUACUCCUUAACAGAAAAACAAGAGGCAUCUAUCUGCACCUGCAACCCUGAGAAAGCCCCUGCUGCCCACACUUGAAGCAGAGGGUGGAGGCGCUGGGUUCUUGCCUUUGUGCAGGGGCCCUAGGUGCUGGGCGGAGCCAAAUCAGUUGCUGCUCAGGCUGGCUGGCUGCUAAGGCUUGCUCCACACUUCUGCCAAGAAGAGUAGAAACUGACAUGGAGCAGGGGAAGGGUCUGACUCGCUUCAUCCUGGCUACCAUUCUUCUUCAAGGUGCUGUGGUCCAGUCAAAGGAAGAAAAACAUCUGAUAAAAGUGAAGGACGAUGGAGAAGAUGGUUCAGUACUUCUGACUUGUAACUUGACCGACAAAUACAUACAAUGGUUUAAAGAUUCUCCAAAUACACUUGUCCAAAAUACAAGUGAAAAAACAUUCAAUAUAGGAAGUAAUGCCAAAGACCCUCAAGGGAUAUAUUGGUGUGGAGGAUCAGGGUCCAUUUCAAGGCCAUUCCAAGUUUAUUAUAGAAUGUGUCAGAACUGCAUUGAGCUAAAUGCAGCCACCGUAUCUGGCUUCAUCUUCGCUGAAAUCAUCAGCAUUUUCUUCCUUGCUGUUGGAGUCUACUUUAUUGCUGGACAGGACGGAGUUCACCAGUCAAGAGCUUCAGACAAGCAGACUCUGUUACCCAAUGACCAGCUUUACCAGCCUCUCAAGGAUCGGGAAGAUGACCAGUACAGCCAUCUUCAAGGAAACCACCAAAGGAAGAAGUGACCUCAGGACUCAAGAGUAGGUGGUUCUUCAACACCAGUUCAGAGUGUUCUCCCUUCUACUGAGUUCUCAGAAUCAAAGCAAUACAUUUUGGAGAGCUCUCAGCAGAGAGAUUUUGAGCCCUAAUUCUAAACUCCAGGAUUGUAGAGAUGACAAACCAAGAGGAGGGGCCACCAGAGCAAAUUUGGGUUUUUCUCAAAAUAAAAGUCAA